CACGCCGAGACUGGGAGGUAACGCGGGUUCGCCCUCUUGCUGUGCGGUUUUCCCUGGGUUUUCCGGAAGAUUUUCUACUGUCCCCCAUGCCUUCUUGCUGUCCUCUCUCCAUCUGUUCACAUCUGUACGCCGCUCAUAUAGCCACAGUUGCUUCGCGGCGCUAAAUUAGUUCCUCAUGUACAAACUCCCUAAGAUGCAACCGACCGACGUCAACUACAUGACACCAGGGGGAGGGGAGUUUGUCUACAUCGAUUCCAACACAGCAUCUACAACUACAUACUGGACGUUGUCCGAAGAAGACAUCUACGAGGCUGACAACCCUCUGGCCUACACAUUGGCUCCUCUCUACGAGACUGAUAAACCCACGGAUUUACUCUACCUAGUUUACAACGACCAAUCGCCUGACAUCUACAGCGGAAGCAGGAACGGCCACACAAAGGGUGCGGUGAUGGCGGACAACACAACGGGCAUCUGGCUUCAACACAGCAUGCCCAAGUUUGUGGAGAACCUUUUCGGUGGUCGAUACACCUUCCCGGAUAAUGCGCGAGAAAAUGGUCAGGCCAUCAUGUGCGUCACGUUUAAGACUUCUCAGCUCAAUGUGGUCGGAAAGCACCUGAGGAUGCAAUACGCCAACGUCUACGAGAGAGGAAGCCCUCAAUACCUGAGAGACAGACUACCUCAGAUGGACCUCCUUUUCAAAGACAGCUUCAUCCGGGGCCACACGCGCAAAUUGUACGUUGAAAGCGUAACCAGUGCUGCGGGACAAAAGUUCGUGAGCAUCGCUAAACGGGCCACACUGGAAGUUGAUAUCUACUCAGCCAUUGUCACAAAUGUGACGCAAACCGACCUGUUGGUGCAGUCCUGGCGCAACGGGGCAGGUGGCAAAAUGGAUGCGUCCUGCAAUGGAACCUUCACCGUAGUCGACGUUGAUCAAGUGCGACUGAAAUUUAAAGACAAUGUCAUCAUGUGGUCGUCGACGGAAGAUCACAGUAAAUGGGCAGUGGGUAUCGACAAGCCCUGGUUCUGCUUUGGCUCUCUAAACAGAAUGGAAUCGCAAUUCAGCCGUGGUGGCGAAGUUUUCUGCAUGGAGCACCCUCUUGUGAGCAAGCUGUUCAGAAGGAGCGGCCUUACAGAAGCAACCUGCAACAUCCAGCAAGCUUGAUUCCCUUGUGGUGGUACUGUUCAGUAUUAUGUUACGUCAGUCUAUGGGGUACCGUAUGCUUUCGCGUUGUUCUACGCUUGAACCGAACUUAACCUAACAUAAUCCCCUCUCUUCGUUUCCUGAACGCAACGUUUGCACAAAGAAGAAAGAACAUUCAACAUUCAAUUCAGAACAGAAGCAAUUCCCGUUGAACGUUGCAUAUAUAUGCAACGCUCAACGGGAAUUGCUUCUCUUUGGUGCCGACCAGAUGUGCUGUGGUUGACGUCUCUGUGGUUUUGGUGGAAGCGCAAAAUAAAAUGCGCAAAAUAAAAAUCUUCGCUCGCUCAUA